CACGUGUCGAGCCUCGACACCAUUGAGUCGCAUCCAAUCUAUGCUUUCAUCGUAUGAUGUGCUGGGGUGCGAGCUCGCUUCAGGAAGCCGCGUCCUGUAUAGACCGCGCGUCAUGGAGGUGAUCGCUGAACAGCGGUUCUCACGAGUGCGAGCCCGCAGCGACGGAGUCGGCAUCCGCAAUGAGCUUUUGUGCGCCCAAUCAUGCUGCUUCUGAACACUCUUGGCGCAUUUCGACGUUUUGCCAGCUCGACCGAGACGAACGCAAACGAGCUCUGCACUGCCGAGUCGUCCCUCACUCGCUCACUUUACCAAGACCUCGAGCUGCAAGCCUCGCCCUGUCAGCACCCUAAACUUUUUCCCAGGAAGCGCCACGGCCACGAAACGAGCGCUGGUGUCAAUUGGUGGUGGUGGCAAAGAGUGCAUGAAGAAGUUUCGAACAAACUCUUUUUCAUAUGGUUGGAUUUUUGUUUGGCUUCGAACGAGUAGACUGUUGCGGUGGUGGUGGUGGUGACGGUGGCGGCGAAGCAUAGCUCAUGCGAGGAGAGGGUCCGCAUGUAAUAAAAGGCGUUUCUUUUGUCUCAGAAGAGGCUUGAGAAAAGGGACGUGGCUUGGACACACCCUGCUCGGCGCUACUCGUAACUGACCACAUCAUCUUUGUUGCUCUUUUCUCAUGACCCUGCUCCGGACGCCGAUGCUCAUUGGGAAGUAGUGGAGAUCGCAGACAAGCUCCGACACCAGGCACAUCGAUUUGCUCCGAGCUGUGCAGAGUCAUUGCGGUAACAGUGAAGCUAUAGGCACACCUAUUGCUGCUCGAGUGCUUCGGAACAGCCUUUUGAACGGCCAGUCAGAACAGGAAGCGGGAAAGUCUCCCACGCUCUUUGCUACAAGGUUGGCGAUCAGCACGCGAGGUUUCGUGGCUGGCCUGUCUGCAGAUCGUGCACACCAUCUUGGGUGCGCCGUGUCUGCACGAAAAGGAACUGCCGUUGAUGGGAUCGGUCUUGAGUGGUGCCUUUGAGCAAAUCGCAUAUUUG